AUGGCUGCUAUUAAAAAGGUUGCGGUGCUGGGCGGAUCUGGAAACCUUGGUCCCCAUGUCGUCAACGGACUUUUGGAUGCCGGAUUCGAAGUCACAGUUAUUACACGGCUCGAGUCGCAAGCCACAUUUACCGAUAAGGUCACUGUCAAAAGAAUUGAUAUAACUUCGAAAGAAGCAGUCGAAAGUGUCCUCCAAGGGCAUGAUGCUCUUGUUUCUACAAUCUCACCUGCAGCAGUAGGCGACCAGAAAACAAUCAUCGACGCUGCUGUCGCCGCCAAGGUCCGGCGAUUUUUGCCAUCCGAGUUUGGUGUCGAUACGCGGCGCACCGAAGAAAAGAGUCUCGGCUGGAUCCUGGCUAACAAGCUCAGCGUAACCGAUUAUCUUGCCGAGGUUGCCAAGAAAAACCCUUGGUUCAGCUGGACAGGAUUGGCAGUUGGGCUGUUCUUUGACUGGGGCAUCAAAACUCAGUUUCUACUCGGAAUCAAUGCCAAGGACAAGACUGGAACAAUUGUCGACUCUGGUAAUAAGCCAUACGCAGCGACACAUGUUUCAUUUAUCGGCGAAGCUGUUGCCGCUAUCUUGAAGAAGCCAGAAGAGACUGCAAACAAGUAUCUGUCUAUAUUCUCCUUCGCCAUCACUCAAAACGAGGUUUUGAAGAUUUUCGAAGAAGAGACUGGUUCCAAGUUCCAGAUUACUCAACUGAAGGGCAGCGAAUUGAUCAAAGCGGCAACUGACAGUGUGGCGAAAGGUGACUAUGGCAACUCUGUGGUCCCUUUUGUCCAGUAUACUUUCCUGGCAGACGACUCUAAAGACCCAGUCGAUAUCGGAAAGAAUGAUGCCGACUUAUUGGGAAUCAAGGAUAACUUGAGUCUACGAGAGAGUAUUAAGAAGGAGCUCAGUGAGAUUUAG